AUGGAAAACGACAUAGAAAAAAAAGCCAAAUCUAAACCCGAAUGUUUACAGCCACAUCGGGAAAAGAAAACAAACCGUAAAAGGACCAGCUGUGUUCCCACGUCCCUGGAUGGGCAGUGGAACACGCCCUCCUCCUCGGGCAAGGAACAUGGUGGUCACCUCUCCAGAGCGUGGGAUGAACCGGCAAGAAAGCCACAGCCCCGCGGGGCGCCGUGGCCCAGUUCUAGACCGACCUGGCUCAGAGACUCGAAACUCAUCGAAGGUAAAGAUAUAUCAGGCCUUCUGGCUGCUGGUCUGAUCAACCAGGCUAUUGCUGCCCUCCCCACGAAGUCCAGCAACAAAAAAAAAUGUUUAAUUUUCGUCUUUUUUUUUCACCCUAGGGAGAGGGGGUCCCAGGUAGCAGAACCUGGAGUUGGGUCCCCACAAGGAUACGAUGAAGAGAUUGAAGCUAAGUGGCGUUUCCACAACUACUAUCAGUGGGUUGUCUUUUUCCUCUUUUUCCAAGCUGCUCUAUGCUACAUUCCAAAGUUUGUGUGGAAUACUUGUGAAGGUGGCUUGAUGACUACUAUUGCCCAGGGCCUAAACCCAGGUCUUCACAAGGAGGACGAAGUCAGUUCUCGCAAAAAAGUUGUCAUUGAUUACAUUGUUAAACAUAUACGGAUGCACAAUGGAUAUGUUUUCAAGUACUGGUUUUGUGAGUUGCUGUGUUUUAUCAACAUCAUUGGACAACUAUUCCUAAUUGACCGCUUUCUUGGAGGAGAGUUUCUCACGUAUGGACCAAGGGUUGUGGAAUAUAGUGAAAUGGACCAGGAGGAACGUGUUGACCCUAUGAUCUAUGUUUUCCCACGUAUGACCAAGUGCCACUUCCACAAAUUUGGUCCUUCAGGCACUUUAGAACGUCAUGAUGCCUUUUGUCUGCUUCCACUGAAUAUCCUGAAUGAAAAGGUCUUUAUAAUAGUGUGGUUCUGGUAUGUGAUUCUGGCUACACUUUUGGGAGCUCUUCUCCUGUACCGCAUAGCGCUCUUCACCCUUCCUGGCUUGCGUCCACGUGCAAUGCACAAACACAAUAAGGCUGUUCCCAUAGAGACCGUUGAAGCCAUCACAAAUAAAACUUCUAUUGGUGACUGGUGGAUCUUGUAUGUUCUAUCUACUAACAUUGAUCCGUUAGUAUACAGAGACAUCAUGACAAAGCUCUCCAAGGAAAUAGAGACUGCAAAUAGUAACAUGGCAUAUAACAGUGCAGGAUUAUACUCAUCAUCAUCGGUAUGAAUGUUGGAGGACAUGGAUUGAGGGCUGUCACCCCAGCUGAAGGUGCAUUAAGUGUUGGUUAAAAAAAAAAAAAAAAAAUGAAGUUUGGGUAAAGGAUAAACCAAUUACAAGGACAUUUUUGGUGCUUUGGGAAUACUCAGUUGUACAAUGUGGAUAAAGAAUGAAUCAGGCUGAUCCUUAAAGUUGAAAAGAUGCUUAAUGAACUUAUUGAAGUGUAAGUCAUGAGCCUCUGUUUCUGAAAUUAAUAACUAAUUCAUACUGUAGUUUUCCCUUUGUUUUUCAGGCUUUUAACUAAUGUUAGCUAUCUUUAUAGAAAUUUAGAAGUUGUUUGUUCCCUUUACAAGUGUGAUCAUUGUGGAUAAAAAAAAAUUUUUGGUUUUUGAUUUCUACCACAUUAGUAUUUUAAAAUUUAUGGAACUUACUUUUGUAGUGGAGCAAUUACUUUGAGGCUAUAAUGAAUAGUAAUACACAGUACCUUUAAAAUUAGGAGACAAAUGGGCAGCAUCUUAAUGCAAACUGUGUGUGCCACCAAAGUAUGUGUUCCUAAUAACCGUCAGUUUGUUUACAACAUACAUUGUUGAUUGCACACCAUACUGGAUUCUAUUAAAUGGCUAUACAAGUUAAGUUGUCUAAAAAAUUGCUGCCAAGACAUUAAUCAGUUUUUUCAUUGGUGUGAAGUUACCAGCAUUUUGAAUAAUUCCCUUCAGCUGAAUUUUAUGGUACAAGGUUUUUUUUUUUUAUUAUUAUUAGUGGUUUUCCUUGUGUUAGAGGUGGACUAGCUAUAAUGCAUGAGGGUGACAGCCACCAGUUCUUGUCAUAGAUCUCUUCAUGAACUGUUACCGUAAUGCUUUCAUAUUAAUGCUGAUAGGGGGACAGACACCUUUCAUAUGUUGGUGUUAUGUUCCAAAAAUUUUAAACUAUUUAUUUAUUUUUAAUGUUGAGGUAAUGUAUUCAGGUCAUUCAGUAGUUAUUUCUAUUUAAUACAGAUUAUUUGGACAUUGUUUGACAUUGCCAUUAAUGCUCAGACAUUCAAUGUGUAGAAAAUUGAACUGAAAUGUGUACUCAAAAGUUGUUUGUUGUAACUAUAUUAAGUUUGUGGGGGGGGGGGUUGAGCUGCAGUUCUUGGUCCUGUAUUGUAUCUGUCGUGUGUGCAUGCAUGUGCUUGCCUGUGUAACUGAGAAAGACUAAUUUAUAUUGACAAAUUACUUGUGGAUAUUUUUUAAUUGAGGUACUGGCAUGGUAAAACCUUUUAAUGACAUGUUUAGAAGUGCUUCAACCUUGUUGAAUUUUUAUUCAGCAGAUUUAGAAUGCAAAUAUAAAUGAGGAUUAUUUUAAUUUUCUUAUGAAGUUUAAGACAUGGAAGUGCAUUCUAAAUAAACAAGAAAUUAAUAAGCUUAUUGCCUCUAAUUUAUAUUUUAAUGUUUAGCAACAUGUAUUUAAAUGUGCAAGCAUUUUCUUUUUACAUAGGGUGACCAUAAAGACGUGCCAAGUAAUUUGGUCUGCCUGCCAAGGCUCUUUACCAGAUAAUGAAACUACUGCUAUAUGUAGCAGUGUAUGAUGCAAUUAUUGAGAUUUGUACUUUGUAAGAAUGUAUUUGUAGCUAUAUUAAAGGAUAGUUUUUGUAGAA